CGGCGCGGUGCCUGGGAGACGGGGAGGGCUUCCGGGGCCGCGGGUCGGACCGCGGAGAGCGGCUGUCAUGGCGGCCACCCGGUGGGUCUUGCUCUGCGCCCUGCUGCUGCUGCAGCUGGCAGGGAGAGCCCGCAGCUCGGAGGCGCCCGGCGCUUCGGCCGAGGGGUCGGCAGGGCUUGGGGCCGGCCUAGGAGAUCGCUUCAAGAUUGAGGGGCGCGCGGUGGUUCCCGGAGUGAAGCCUCAGGACUGGAUCUCGGCGGCCCGAGUGCUGGUGGACGGAGAGGAGCACGUCGGCUUCCUUAAGACAGAUGGGAGUUUUGUGGUUCAUGAUAUACCCUCUGGAUCUUAUGUAGUGGAAGUUAUAUCUCCUGCUUACAGGUUUGAUCCCAUUCGAGUGGAUAUUACUUCAAAAGGAAAAAUGAGAGCAAGAUAUGUGAAUUAUAUUAAAACAUCAGAAGUGGUCAGACUGCCCUAUCCACUUCAAAUGAAAUCUUCAGGCCCACCUUCUUACUUUAUUAAAAGGGAAUCAUGGGGCUGGACAGACUUUCUGAUGAACCCAAUGGUUAUGAUGAUGGUUCUUCCAUUGUUGAUAUUUGUACUUCUGCCCAAAGUGGUCAACACAAGUGAUCCUGACAUGAGACGGGAGAUGGAGCAGUCGAUGAAUAUGCUGAAUUCCAACCACGAACUGCCUGAUGUUUCUGAGUUCAUGACAAGACUCUUCUCUUCAAAAUCAUCUGGCAAGUCUAGCAGCAGCAGCAGUAAAACAGGCAAAAGUGGGGCUGGUAAAAGGAGGUAGUUGGGCAGUCCAGAGCUGGCAUUUGCACAAACAUGGCAACACUGGGUGGCAUUCAAGUCUUGAGGGAAAACCAUGUGAAGCAACUACUGUAAACUUGAGUCAUCCUUAAAGUUGAUCUCCUAUAACUGUUGUGUGUGAUAACUCUUCAGUACAUGUUUUGAACUUGGUACACAAGAAAACCCAGCUUUUAUCCUUGUGUGAGGUCAAUAUUGAUGUCACUGAAUUAAUUACAGUGCCCUAUAGUAAAUGACAUUAAUAAAUUAUAUGAAGUACUAUA